UUUUUUUUUUCUUCUGUUGUUUUUGAAGGCUUCUUUAACUUUAUCUUUUUUAAAAUGGACGGUUACCAAGGUGCACCUAUUCGUCAACCUGUUGCUAUGGCAUACUUGUGUGCUGAUUGUGGCGCAGAGAAUCAAUUGAAGCCUAGAGAGCCCAUCCGUUGUCAAGACUGUGGUCACAGAAUCAUGUACAAGAAGAGAACCAAGAGAAUGGUCCAAUUUGAAGCUCGCUAAACAGAAAAACAAGUGAUUAUGCGGUAGUACUUUGGUGAUCAUUAAGUGGGGAGGGAUUAAAAGGACUCGUCGAUACAAACUAUGAGCACUGAUUGUUUAUAAAAGGACAUAAGGCAAAGCUGGCAUCCCUUAUCCUUCUGUAAUCGAGCAAAGAAAAAAGGAUACCGUCUACAUAGGAUUACCGUGGAGCUUCAAAGUCAAUAUCCUUUGAGGCAACUUGAACAUAUUUAUACAGUUUUUAUUAGAAAUAAGGACAAUUUUUUUCUGUUAUUGUCUGUCUGAAUUUAUGGUUAUUCUAUAAAGUAAAGGCAGCGGAUAAUGAUCUUGUAUUUUCAUAGGAAUAACUUUUUAUUUU